CGCCGCAGCUCCAGUACCUUCACAAGCACUCUCGACAGUGCCCUCGACCCGUCCCCUCGCCCCAGAGCCGCCCCAUAGCCUCGACUGCCUCGUCCCUCUUCAUCUCUCGCCGACGCUCCCCGCCUUCGCUCCCGCCAUGGCCAACAACGCAGGGUCCGACGCGUUCGUGUUCGACGACGUGUUUACCGUCGUCGCGGUCGACAAGGACGGCAAGAAGUUCGACCGCGUGUCGCGCAUCGCCGGCCAGUCGCACAACAACGACAUGAAGCUGACCCUCGACAUCAACACGGACCUGCUCACGCUGUCCAAAGACGCCGACUUCUCGCUCGCGCUCGCAACGACGCUCAACCCGGACGCGGACAAGAGCGGUGCGGCGGCGAGCGGUGGAUGGAGGGCCGACUUGCAGAGCGGCUUGGCAGACGACUGGGAGUAUGUCAUGUACGGCAAGGUGUACAAGUUCGACGAGGGCACGGGCGACGAGGUGACGGCGUACGUGUCGUUUGGCGGGCUCUUGAUGGCAUUGACGGGCUCGUACCGGCACAUCUCGCGCGUCACGGUCGGCGAGUACAUCUACCUCCUCAUUCGGCACUAGAGCGCCGCUUGGAAUAGAGCAGCUUGUCCGUUUCUCUCGC